AUGGAUCCUGAACAACAACAUAUGGGGGUGCUGAGCCUGUCCGUGAGGUGCUGGGGGGUGCUGCGUCUGGGGGUGCUGAGCCUGUGCAUGCGAUGGUGGGGGGUGCAGAGCCUCAAGGUGCUGAGCCUGGGGGUGCUGAGCCUACGAGUGCGGAGCCUUGGGGUGCUGAGCCCGAGGGUGCCGGGUCUGGGGGUGCUGAGUCUGCUGGUGUUUCUCCGGGUUGCUUUCCACGACGGAGGCCUCUCUCACCACAGCAGCUAUGAGAGUGGCUUGCGUGGCGUGCCUGCCUCAGGAGUCGUGCAGCUGGAGCUGGAGGUCCUGCUGCUGGAGGUACUGCUGCUCGAGAUACUGCAGUUGGAGCUGCUGGAGAUGCUCGUCGUGGAGGCGCUGAGGGUGCUGAUGUUUAUGGUUUUGGAGGUGCUCGUACUGGAGGUACUAGAGCUGCCAGGCCUGGUGGUACUGCUGGAGCUGGAGGUGCUGGUUCUGGGGGUGUUACUGCUAGAGGCGCUGGAGCUGGUGCUGUUGACCCUGGAGUUGGAGACCCUGGAGCUGGAGGUGCUGGUGCUGGAGACACUGGAGCUGGAGACCUUGGAGCUGGAGGUGCUGGAGCUGGAGGCGUUGGAGCUGGAGGCGUUGGAACUGGAGGCGCUGGAGUUGGAGGCUCUGGCAGAGGAGGCGUCAAGGCUGGUGGCCCUAGAGCUGGAGCUGCUUGUCAUAGAGGUGCUGGUCUUGGAGGUACUGGAGCUGCCAGAGCUGGAGGCACUGCAGGCGCUGGAGCUGGAGGACCUGGCGCUUGAUGUUCCGGAGCUGGAGGUUCUGGAGCUGCUGGUAGUGCUGAAGCUGCUGGUCCGGGAGGUGCUAGUACUGGAAGUCCUGGCGCUGCUGGAGCUGGUGGCGCUGCUGGUGCUGGAGUGUGUCCCCCUGCCGUCUCCUCCUACGUCCUCUCUUCCGCACAUUCCGGACCCUGAGUCUGACUUAGCUCGUUCUGCCAGCCCUAUUGUCACCCGUCUUUUGGCCACUGCUGUAACUGACCCUUCGUUUGAGUCUGCUGUUGCGUCUGCCCUAGUUGCUGAGCUUGUCGACUUUGCUGCUUUCUUUCGUCUAGACUACGCCACUAGUCUUGUUGCUGAGUCUGAGUCUGUCUGUCCUCCGUCCGUCACGGUGAAGCGGUCGCCGGGUUCUCCGCCUGUCUUCAAGGUGCGUUACGUUGCACGAGGCUUCAGUCUGAGACAAGGAGUUGACUUCUUCCAGACCUUCUCCCCUACCCCAAAGAUGACCACUCUUUGGGCUAUGCUGCACAUUGCUGCUCAGCGCGACUACGAGCUUCACUCUCUUGACUUCAGCACAGCUUUCCUGCAGGGCAGCCUGCACGAGAAGAUUUUGCUGCGCCGCCCACCUGGCUUCACUGGGUCGUUUCCUGCAGGUACCCAGUCGAGCUUCUGA